UUCUUUUCCUCUUCGUCUUUAUCAAUCUCUUCUCUUCUUCACUUCUCUGUUCUCUUAUCUCUUAUCGUAGCUCUACGUCAUCUCUUACAUCCCCCACAUUCCGCUACACUUCCACUUACACCAAACCGCCAAAAUGAACACUGGUCUUGUCAACAGCCGCUUCCUCUCCAAGCCUGAUGAGGUCGGCGUCGUUGCUGUCGGUUUCUCAGGCGGUCAGCCCAAAGCUGGUGUCGACAUCGGCCCCGCUGCUCUCAUCCAGUCCGGUCUUCUCACUGAGAUCCGUGAUGAGCUCGGUUACAAGCUCUUCGGUGACGAGACCGUCCAGCAGUUUGAGGAUCUGAUCCCUGAGUCAGACCCUGACUUCCGCGGUAUGAAGAAGCCCCGCCAUGCAUCUGCGGUGACUCGCAAGAUCGCUUCGCACACCUAUGAGCACUCCCGCGAGGGACGCAUGACUCUUACCCUUGGCGGCGAUCACAGCAUCGCCAUUGGUACUAUUGCCGGAACUGCCAAGGCUACCCGGGAGCGUCUGAACCGCGAGAUCGCUGUUAUCUGGGUUGAUGCGCACGCCGACAUCAACACUCCUGAGAGCAGUGACAGUGGUAACAUUCAUGGCAUGCCUGUUGCUUUCUUGACCGGUCUGGCCAAGGAGGAGAAGGAGGAGUGCUUUGGCUGGCUCGAGGAUGAUAUGCGCCUGAACGUUAAGAAGCUGGUGUACAUCGGUCUUCGAUCCGUUGACAUUGGCGAGAAGAAGAUCCUCCGUGAGCACGGCAUCAAGGCUUUCAGCAUGCACGAUGUUGACCGUCACGGUAUUGGCCGCGUCGUCGAGAUGGCCCUUGCUCACAUCGGUAACGACACUCCCAUCCACCUGUCCUUUGAUGUCGAUGCCCUCGACCCCAUGUGGGCUCCCAGCACCGGCACACCCGUCCGCGGCGGUCUCACUCUCCGUGAAGGCGACUUUAUCUGUGAGAGCGUACACGAGACGGGCAACCUCGUUGCCAUUGACCUGGUCGAGGUGAACCCUCACUUGGCUGAUACCAAGCAAGCUGAGCAAAACACAAUCCACGCUGGAUGCUCACUGGUGCGAUGCGCGCUGGGUGAGACCCUUCUAUAAGCAUAUGAGUGUUUUAUUUUGCGGUUCUGGAAAGGACAUGAUGAUUGGGACAAAUGCAUUGAUGUGGAGUACUAUCUGUGUUUGAGGGCGGAAGAUUGAUGAUAUCCUUGAGUUGAAUGAAAGAUUGGGCAUACUAUGCAUCUAUAUAUAAGCGGACUGCGAGAUCACUCUCGAAAUAAAAUGCCUUCUUUCCUCGGGA